AUGUGCAGUAAACUGAUCCCAUCAACAACAUUUGUAAUUAAGCGUGUAAAGGUCGGAGAAGGGAAUGAGAAACAGCCGUCCUCACGACCCGCCUCUGACCUGCUGCUCACCCUGACACGCCAUCAGGCCACAUCCGCCCUGAAGGCACUAUACCGGCUCGGGCUGCUCUGGUCCACAGGCUACAGGCGCGAGGCUCAGUCCCACACGGAUCUUGUGCUUAGCUCUGGAGCAACACACGGAUCUGAGACGCCAUGUUUGAGGAGGUGA